AUGGUCCUCCUUUCUCUACCUCAGGAGCUGCUGCUCAAAGUCGUCAAAGAACUUCAUCUCGCAGAUGUCGAGACCCUGGCUCAGACCUUCAACAGGCGCAUCCACGCCACAUGCAUGCCCUUCCUGACGAAGCGCAUAGCCGCUCGUAAGCACUCCAAGCGCAUGAAGGAGUGCUUCGGUACCUAUAAUACUCAGAGUCACCUCUUCAAGCUCAGCGGGGAUAUAGCAGAGCAGCUGGGCUUUGACGGGGUCGACGAGAUAUCAAUCCCCGACGGGCCUACCAGCGUGGAAUACAUGAACCUCAAUGGGGACCUGUUCUGGAUGGAGCCACUUGACCCGCACACGGCGAGGAGGAUGGAGCCGCAUCACCAGGGCCCUGCUGCUGGAGAUCCCAAGCUCAUCGACAAACUCAUCGCCGACGCCGAGAAGCUCGGCUUGGAGCUUCCGCCUGGGUUCGUCACGUUCAUGCGCAGCGAAGAGCUGCAGUACCGGAUCCCUUCUGCGCAGGCCGCAUUCUUUCUCCUCGGGGAAGACGGUUUCCGCAAGUGCCCCGACAAGAUAGACAACGGCCUAGGGGGCUACAUCAUCCGGUUCUUUGUUGAUCAGCAGUGGUGCUGGGUCUGGAGCCUGUACAUAUACCCUGGGGGCUGCGCCGUGCUGGGCAGCCCUGGCGACACCAACUGCGAUCCCGAGGAGGCGGCCAGUCAGCUCCUGAAGGAAGGGAGGGCGACGCAGGAGGAGAUCGACCGGGCUCGGGGGAUGGGGUUUCCGGUCACCUAUGCCAUGGAGAACGAUUUCGUCUUGCAUAGCCUCGGCUUUGAAGAGUUCCUGGCAACGACGUACUAUGAGGAGUUGAUGUUUUACGUCAUGAAUUACGAGCAAACGGGGAUUUCGAAGGGUCUGAGAGACUAUCUUGACCACAACUACAGGAAGAAGGGGGGGCAGGCUAAAGAGGAGGAGGUCUAG